AUGGACUACCACCCGGGCAUGACAAAGACCGAAAUCGCAGAUCGUCCUGAAGUGCUUCAUUUCUGCGAGGACACCGUUGAGCUGGCAGCUGGCACUGCUGGGUACUUGGCUUCACCACAAACACGAUUGUUGAGCGGAAAGUAUAUGCCUACCAAUUGGGAUGUGAAUGAAUUAGGAGCCAGGAAGAGUGAGAUCGUCAAUCACGACUUUCUGAAGACUGACUUGAGAGGCGAGUUGGGAGGACCCGACCAGACACGCAGCUAG